UGAUUGUAGGAUGGAAUAAGCAAUGAGUGGUGUUUGGUCGUUAAAGGCACAUAGAAGAGAAUUCAGUUCAGCAUUUCAGCAAACACAUAGUGAGUGAGUGUGAGUGACACUAAAAAAUUCAUCAAUUUCUUUAUGGCGGGGCCGUCAGUUCACCCAAUUGAAGCGCCGCCCAUGACGGCGACGGAGAACGCAAACGCCAACGCCAUGCCACGUCACUCCCUUAAAGACACACAGGGCAUGCCCGGCACCCUCGGCGGCUUCAUCCUCCGCUCCCUUCAGUUCGCCUUCGCCCUCAUCUCCCUCUCCGUCAUGGCCUCCACCUCCGAUUUCCCUACCGUCACUGCUUUCCGCUACCUAGUUGCUGCUGUCAGCCUUCAAUGCUUGUGGAGCCUCUCUUUGGCGAUUGCUGAUGUCUAUGCCAUUUUAGUAAAGCGCGGCUUCCGAAAUUCCAGAGUUUCCAGCUUAUUCUCUAUUGGCGAUGGGAUUACUUCAACACUCACAUUUUCUGCUGCCUGUGCUUCUGCUGGCAUCACAGUCCUAAUUGGCAAUGAUCUGAAUGAUUGUUCACAGAACCAUUGCAGCCGGUUUGAGACAGCAACAGCCAUGGCAUUCAUGAGUUGGUUUGCUGCUUCGCCCUCGUUUAUUUUGAAUUUUUGGACGCUGGCAUCCAAAUAGAAGUAUCAAGGAGAGCUUUUAGUCAUACAUAUUUGCUUAAAUUAUGUGUACUGAAGUCCCUAGUUGUUGCUUAUCAUAUAUUCAAGGGCUUGUUUUUUUAAUCCAUUGAAGCAUUUCCACUCUUUUAAGGCACAAGCUUGUAAACUUUAGUGUAGAUGUUAUAUAUUUUAAACACGAAAUCUUAGUUUUGUAGUCAAAUUAUGUCUUGUGGCACAAAUUGAAGUGUUUACCUCAAGAGUUAUACAGCACAGUAAUAAUAGGGCAGAGAUUAUGGAAUAUACACAGUUGCUAUAAACUUGGUAUGUAAUUCUAACACGGACACAAGAUUUUCUCCUCCAAAGCAUGCUUGGUUUGGAUAACUUAAGACAAGAAAUUAAACAUGACUUUUAGAUUUUGGAAACCCAUAGUGGUAGAGAAUUUGUGGGUC